AUGAACUUCACCAUGGCUUCGCAGAUGAAGGCUGGCAAGAUUGCCAAGGACGCUCGCUCGUCGCAGCAGACCACUGUCCAGAAGGGCUCUGGUGGCAAGCCCCAGGUGGGCGCGGACUCGCUCUCCAUCGCCAAGGCCACCUCGGCCCCCAAGGUCCAGUCGGGCUUCGUCGGUGCCCACAAGGGCGACUCCCGCACUGCGCCCAAGAACGCCUCCAGCUUCACCAACGACCGCCAGGUCGACGCCGGUGAGUUCGAGUCCAACGCCGCCCCCUCGUCGGCCGACACUGCGGCCUACAGGACCGACCGCGUCGGCGAGCUCCAGUCGGGCGAGUUCGCGUCUGAGGCCGCUCCGUCGCAGGCCGACACUGCCGCCUACCGCAGCGACCGCGUGGGAGAGCUCCAGUCGGGCGAGUUCGAGUCUGACGCCGCCCCGUCGCACGCCGACACUGCCGCCUACCGCGCCGACCGAGUGGGCGAGAUUGAGCACUACCAGUAA